UAAAUGCAAUUGCACCCUCUCAACACGCUCUGCAAUUACUCUUCGCUGCUUCUGUUCCCUCCCUCCUUCCGUUUCUUUCCUCCUUCAAUGCUUUUCCAUUUCUCCCUAUCUCAAUCUCUUUUCCCUUCUUCUCCUUUCUCCUCCUCCUUCCUUCUCACCGUAAAUUAACUCUCUUUCUUUUACCAUACUAAGAUCCAAAACGAAAAAAACUAUAACCGUUUCCAAAGUCUCUUCUAUUGAACCAAAAAGGUUCCUCUUUUUCUUCAACGAGUUGAUUAAAUGCUUUUGUUCCCAAUACUACAGAUCUGCACAAGCACUCUCAUCACUGAAAAGCACAUAAUCAAAGAGCUAGCUAACUGAAGCUGAACCCUUACCUCCGAAAAUCAAAUAAGGUUCACUGUGUUCUCUAUAUAUGUGUGUCCACCAUAGUAGCGAGUGUUGGUUGUUUUGAGGGUUUGUGAAAAAAGAAAGAAUAUGAUCCCGGCGAGAAACAGAAACAUGCGUUCGGUUAUUGGAAGGAAUUACUACGAAAACGACGUCGUUUCUGCUGCUGGGUUUGGAUCCUCAUCACCUCUCAGUCUUUCUUAGAUUGAAGAAUUAUCAUCAUAAAGGGUGUUGGUGAGGAAUCUUGAAAGAUCUGUUAGAAAUAUGUUCCAACCAAACAUGACUGAAGCUGUUGGUGGCCUUCACUAUCAUCAUCAGUAUCAUCCUUUUGAUAUGGCUCAGAACACAACAACAUCGGAGAGUGAUGUACCGAGAAUUCGAGAGGACGAGUUAUUCGACAGCGCCACCAAGUCCGGCAGUGAGAACCUUGAGGUUGAAGGUGGUGGAGGAAGUGGUGGUGGUGGUGAAGGUGGUUCUGCUGGGGAAGACCAAAACCCUCGCCCUAAUAAGAAGAAACGCUAUCACCGCCACACCCAACACCAGAUCCAAGAGAUGGAAGCUUUCUUUAAGGAGUGCCCUCACCCAGAUGACAAGCAAAGGAAGGAGCUGAGUAGGGAGUUAGGGUUAGAGCCAUUGCAAGUGAAGUUCUGGUUCCAGAACAAACGCACUCAAGUGAAGACUCAAACUGAAAGGAGCGAGAACUCACAGCUUAGAGCGGAAAAUGAGAAGCUUAGAGCAGAUAACAUGAGGUAUAGGGAAGCACUAAGCAAUGCAUCGUGCCCUAGUUGUGGUGGCCCAACCGCCAUAGGGGAAAUGUCAUUCGAUGAACAUCACCUCAGGCUUGAAAAUGCACGUCUUAGGGAAGAGAUUGAUCGAAUUUCAGCAAUUGCAGCCAAGUACGUAGGCAAGCCUGUGGUGAACUAUUCAAACCUCUCCCCUUCCCUCCCACCUCGGCCGCUAGAACUCGGCGUUAGCGGUGGCAGUGGCGGCUUUGGAGGUGGUAGUGACAUGUACAGUGGUGGUGCCGGAGACUUCCUGAGGUCGAUAAACGGGCCCUCGGAAGCAGACAAGCCGCUGAUAAUUGAGCUGGCUGUUGCAGCCAUGGAGGAGCUAGUUGGGAUGGCACAAAUGGGUGAGCCACUUUGGUUGACAAUGACCUCCAUUGACGGUGGCACUUCCACUGUGCUCAACGAGGAUGAGUACGUCAGAACCUUCCCUCGUGGAAUUGGCCCCAAACCUGCUGGGUUCCGAUCCGAAGCUUCUAGAGAAACCGCUGUUGUUAUCAUGAACCAUGUUAACCUCGUCGAAAUUCUCAUGGAUGUGAACAAUUGGUCGACAAUGUUCUCUGGUAUAGUCUCAAGAGCUAUAACUAUAGAAGUGCUAUCAACAGGAGUUGCUGGGAACUACAAUGGUGCCUUACAAGUGAUGAGUGCAGAAUUACAAGUACCUUCUCCACUUGUGCCAACUCGAGAGAGCUAUUUUGUGAGAUAUUGUAAGCAGCAUGUAGAUGGGAGUUGGGCAGUGGUGGAUGUGUCGUUGGAUCAUUUGCGCCCUGGUCUUACUCCAAGAUCUAGAAGAAGGCCUUCUGGUUGCUUAAUCCAUGAAAUGCCCAAUGGUUAUUCUAAGGUGACAUGGGUUGAGCAUGUGGAAGUGGAUGAUAGAGGUGUUCCUAACCUUUACAAGCAGCUUGUAAACUCUGGGCAUGCAUUUGGUGCAAAACGUUGGGUUGCAACUUUGGAUAGACAAUGUGAGAGGCUUGCUAGUGCCAUGGCAACAAACGUUCCUACCGUAGAUGUUGGAGUGAUAACAAACCAAGAAGGGAGGAAGAGUAUGCUGAAGCUGGCAGAGAGAAUGGUGAUGAGCUUUUGUGGUGGAGUGAGUGCGUCAACAGCACACACGUGGACAACGCUGAAUGGGACAGGUGUCGAUGAUGUCAGAGUCAUGACACGAAAGAGCGUUGAUGAUCCUGGAAGACCACCUGGCAUUGUUCUAAGUGCUGCCACUUCCUUUUGGCUUCCAGUUCCUCCCAAAACAGCCUUUGAUUUCCUCCGUGAUGAGAAUUCAAGAAGUGAGUGGGAUAUUCUUUCAAAUGGUGGAGCAGUGCAAGAAAUGGCGCACAUUGCAAAUGGAAGAGAUACCGGAAAUUGUGUGUCGCUACUUAGAGUCAAUAGUGCAAAUUCAAGCCAGAGCAACAUGUUGAUACUACAAGAGAGUUGCACAGAUUCAACAGGCUCCUUUGUAGUUUAUGCUCCUGUGGACAUUGUUGCCAUGAAUGUGGUUUUGAAUGGAGGGGACCCAGAUUAUGUGGCACUUCUUCCUUCAGGAUUUGCCAUCCUCCCCGAUGGAAGUUCUGGCGGCUGCGGCACCGGCAUUGGUGGUGAAACAAAUGGCCCUACUGGCGGAGGCGGUGGUGGCGGAGGUGGUUCUCUAUUGACGGUUGCAUUCCAAAUAUUGGUUGAUUCAGUUCCAACGGCUAAGCUUUCUCUUGGGUCAGUUGCAACCGUUAAUAGUCUUAUUUCUUGCACUGUUGAGAGAAUCAAGGCUUCUUUAUCUGGUGAUCCUGCUUCACUAUGAUUGAAUCAUCAUGUGCUUAUACAAGAAGGAUAUAAUGAUUGGUAUUUUGGAAAACAUAAAAGAUGAAGUGUUGAGGAAAUUGGGAUUUAUACAGAAUGAUGUGGAGAAGUCAAGAACGCACCUUGCAUGAUAUUCCUUCUCGGGUUCGGGAAUUGACUUCCCUGGACAAAAAAAAGUAAAAACACUACUAAGACCUUAAUUAAUUAGUGUCCUUCAACAUUUCCAAGACUUCUAUAAUAUAGCUUUAGGGAGGAUUAACCUUUUGGGUAACUAGCUAGUUCUUAAUUAUAUUCAAUUGGUGUUAACUUUUAAUUUUGCUGUAGACACUCUAAGCUACCACUAGUUGGUGAUGGCAAGUUUGCACCACUAGGCUUCCUCUUUCAUCCAUUUAUGGGUUUUGAAAUCGACAUUGUGUUCGAUUAUGCAAAGUAGCUAGAGAGCUUUGACAUUCAUUUAAUUUUUUGUCUCA